AGUCUGCUGGAGCUCCUGGUGCCCUAGAAGAAGCAACCUGCCAUGCUGCUCCUCCUCUCUACACUGGUUCUGCUCACACAGCCCCUGAGGUACCUGGAAGCAGAAAUGAAGACCUAUUCCCCAAGAGUAGUGACCAACGCCUGCGCCUUGGUCAUGUGCAGCUCCGUGGAAAAUGGCCUGCCUGGGCGUGAUGGACGGGAUGGUAGAGAGGGCCCCCGGGGCGAGAAAGGAGAACCAGGUUUGCCAGGAGCUCCAGGGCGAGCAGGGAUGCCUGGACCAGCUGGCACAGUUGGGCCCAAAGGGGACAAUGGCUCUUCUGGAGAACCCGGACCAAAAGGAGACUCUGGACCAUACGGACCUCCAGGACCUCCGGGUGUGCCUGGUCCAGCUGGAAGAGAAGGUUCCCCAGGGAAACAGGGGAACAUAGGACCUCAAGGCAAACCAGGCCUGAAAGGAGAGGCUGGGCCCAAAGGAGAAACAGGUACCCCAGGCAUGCAGGGCUCUGCAGGGACAAGAGGCCCCACAGGCCCUAAAGGAGAGCAGGGUGCCCCUGGUGAACCUGGAGCCCCUGGAAAGGCAGGGGCAGCAGGGCCCGCUGGAGCUGUGGGUCCCCAGGGAGCUCCAGGUGCCAGGGGAUCUCCAGGUCUGAAGGGGGACAGAGGUGUUCCUGGAGACAGAGGACCCAAGGGAGAAAGUGGGCUUCCAGACCUCGCUGCUCUGAGGCAGCAGGUGGAGGCCUUACAGGGACAGGUGCGGAACCUCCAAGUCACCUUCUCACAGUAUAAGAAAGUCGAGCUCUUUCCCAAUGGCCAAGGUGUCGGGGAGAAGAUCUUCAAGACAGCGGGCUUCGAGAAACCUUUUGAAGAUGCGCAGCAGGUGUGCACGCAGGCUGGUGGGCAGCUGGCCUCCCCACGAUCUGCAGCUGAGAAUGCUGCCUUGCAACAGCUGGCCACAGACCAGAACAAGGCUGCUUUCCUGAGCAUGACUGAUACCAAGACAGAGGGCAAAUUUACCUACCCCACAGGGGAACCACUGGUCUAUUCCAACUGGGCUCCGGGGGAGCCAAACAAUGAUGGCGGGGCAGAGAACUGUGUGGAGAUCUUCACCAAUGGCAAGUGGAACGACAAGGCUUGUGGAGAGCAGCGCCUUGUGAUCUGCGAGUUCUGAGCCACCUGGAUUGAGUGGGGCAGUGCUUGUCCCAGGAACCUGGUCAGCAAGUCAGGGCUCAGAUAUGAGUGUUACCAACAUCUUAAUAAAAAGGCAACCACCUCUCCUGG